AUGGGUGUCAGAAAUCAGGGAGUAGCGGAAGAAAUCGAGGAUUGGCUCAGGACGUUUCCGACGCCAGAGAUGGCGGCGCCUGCGCACGACGUGGCCGCGCUGAGCAUCAAGGGUGCUGCCCCUCCCCGCUUCGCUCAGCCCCCGCGACGUCCAGCCGACGACGUCGUCGUCGCUGUCGUCACCGUCGUCGCCAGUGUCGUCAAUCGAUAUCUCCACGGCAUCGGAGGAGCUGGCGAGAUUGUGGAGCUGCCGAGCUUGGGAUCGUGCUUCGAUUCCGUGGAGAUGGGGAGUGAUUUUGUGUACGUCGAUAACGCCGCGAUUGAAGGGUGGCUGGAUCGGCCGACGCCGUGGAGCGGCGGCGCCGCUCCACGGCGGUGGGUUUCUGUUAGCGUAUGUGUGUGA